GCCGGCCACUAACCUCUGCCCUGCCGCCGCGAGGGAGCGCGGGAAAUCUCGAGUGCUGCUGGAAUCCCGCGGGCCCGUGGGACCAUGGCCACUUCUUCGGUGUCCAAGGGUUGUUUUGUGUUUAAGCCAAACUUCAAGAAGAGAAAGAUCUCUGUGCCAGUAGAGGACUAUUUUAAUAAAGGGAAAAAUGAGUCUGAGGACAGUAAGCUUCGAUUCGAAACUUAUCAGUUGAUAUGGCAGCAGAUGAAAUCUGAAACUGAGCAACUACAAGAAGAAUUAAAUAAAAACCUAUUCAAUAGUCUAAUUGAAUUUCUGCAACAGUCUUAUUCGGGAUUCCAUAAGAAUUCAAGAGACUGGGGCUGUCAAAUAAAACUCAGAGAAAUUCCAACUGCUGCUCUUAUUCUAGGUGUGAAUGUAACUGAUCAUGAUUUAACAUUCAGAAGUCUAACAGAAGCCCUUCAGAAUAAUGUCACUCCAUAUGUAGUCUCAUUGCAAGCUAAAGAUUGUCCAGAUAUGAAACAUUUUUUGCAAAAGCUGGUCUCAAAGUUGAUGAACUGCUGUGUAGAUGAGGAAUCCAAAGAGGAAAGUAUUCAGGUCACCCAGAAAAAGACAUUUUGUUCAAUGGAUUCUCUUUCCAGCUGGUAUAUGAGUGUCACACAGAAGACAGAUCCAAAACUGCCAAGGAAAAAGAGGACUUCGUCUAGCCAAUGGCAGUCUCCUCCUGUUGUGCUUAUCUUAAAGGAUUUGGAAAGCUUCACCACAAAAGUACUCCAGGACUUCAUAAUUAUCAGCAGUCAACAUCUACAUGAAUUUCCACUAAUACUCAUUUUUGGAAUUGCCACGUCUCCUAUUAUCAUCCAUCGGUUGCUUCCUCAUGCAGUAUCAUCUCUGUUGUGCAUAGAACUUUUCCAGUCUCUGUCCUGCAAGGAGCACCUGACUACAGUACUUGAUAAGCUACUUCUUACAACUCAGUUUCCCUUUAAAGUAAGUGAAAAAGUGCUACAGAUUUUGACCAACAUCUUUUUGUAUCAUGAUUUCUCAAUUCAAAACUUUAUAAAAGGACUUCAGCUUUCUCUAUUAGAACAUUUCUACUCUCAGCCCCUCAGUGUCCUAUGCUGUAAUCUCUCAGAAGCCAAGAGAAGAAUAAAUUUUUUAUCAGAAAAUCAAUGUGAAAACAUCCGACGUCUUCCAUCAUUUAGGAGGCACGUGGAAAAGCAAGCUUCAGAAAAGCAAGUUGCACUAUUGACCAAUGAGAGAUUUUUGAAGGAGGAAAUACAGUCAUUACUAGAAAGCUUACAUGUUUACCAUACAAAUUACUUCCUGGUUUUGAGAUGUCUUCAUCAGUUCACCUCUUCUCUUCCCAAGUACCCAUUGGGUCGACAGAUCAGAGAGCUGUACUGCACUUGUUUAGAAAAGAACAUAUGGGAUUCAGAGGAGUAUGCAUCAGCUUUGCAGCUGCUGAGGAUGUUGGCAAAGGAUGAACUGAUGACCAUACUUCAGAAAUGUUUCAAGGUUUUUAAGUCCUCUUCUGAAAAGCAGCUUGGGAGCACAGCAAAGAGAAUAGAGGAGUUUCUGGCCCAGUUUCAGAGUCUUGAUGCAGAAGCCAAAGAAGAAGAAGAUACUUCAGGGCUACAGUCAAAGGGGCUUCAGAAGACAGACCUUUAUCAUCUUCAGAAGUCCUUAUUGGAAAUGAAGGAAUUAAGAAGAACCAGUAAGAAGCAGACCAGGUUUGAAGCACUCAGAGAAAAAGUUGUCAACUUCAUUGACAGUCUGGUGAGAGAAUACCUUCUGCUUCCAGAGACACAGCCUCUGCACGAGGUGAUGUACUUCAGUGCCGCCCACACCCUGCGUGCACACCUGAACGCUGCUCCCAGAAUCGCCCUCCACACUGCACUCAACAAUCCUUAUUAUUAUCUCAAGAAUGAAGCACUGAAAAGUGAAGAAGGCUGCAUUCCAAAUGUCGCCCCGGACAUCUGCAUAGCAUAUAAACUGCACCUCGAGUGUAGCAGGCUAAUCAACCUUGUGGACUGGUCAGAGGCUUUUGCAACAGUUGUGACAGCUGCUGAAAAAAUGGAUGCAAAUUCUAUAACCUCAGAAGAAAGGAAUGAAAUCAUCCACCUCCAGUGCUCGAUUUAUUAGAGCUGUUUCCGAACUAGAACUUUUAGGAUUUAUAAAACCUACCAAACAGAAGACUGACCAUGUGGCAAGGCUAACAUGGGGAGGCUGCUAGAAAGCAAAAAGGGCACCAGUCAUAUUUAUAAACCACCAUGAGACUGUUGGUGAGAAAUGUAUAAUCCUUGUGUGAUGCUUCACCACAAAUAGACUGCUCACCCCAAACAGGAACAUAUCAAAAUACCUUUGGAGGACUUUAGAAUCCAACAAAUGAUAUGCUUACAUUUUAACUAAAACCUCUCGCACAUUAUCACUGCAGUUUUCAGUCAUUUCUAAAUUAUAAAUGUUCUUGAGCACCCAUAGUUUAUAAAUGUAAUAAAUUCCUUUAUCCAGGAGUAUAAA